GCCAGGAAGGCUUGUAGGUGCUGCUAUUUGGUUGAUUAAGGGGGUCAGCGUGUGUGUGUGUCAUCGAGGUGGGCAGGGACGGGGAGGGCUGUGCGUGGGGGGAGGAUAUAUAGGCUGGUGUGGCUGAUACGGCGGAACCGAGCCUCACAUCCAUCCGAGGGAGCCCAGCGACUGACAGCUCUCAGCAUCUGCCUCCUGCUCCUGCACCAUGAAAAUCCUGCUCUGUGACCUCCUGCUGCUCAGCGUCUUCUCCAGCGUGCUCAGCAGCUGUCAGAGGGACUGUCUCACCUGCCAGAGGCUCCGCCCAGCCCCGGACAGCUUCAACCUGGAGCUGUGCAUCCUCGAGUGUGAAGAGAAGGUCUUCCCCAGCCCGCUCUGGACUCCAUGUGCCAAGGUCACGGCCAGGGGCUCCUGGCAGCUCAGCCCUGCUGACCCAGACCACGCGGCGGCUGCACGGUACCAGCCCGGAGCCCCCGAGAUGCAGCAGCUGAAGCGAAUGCCCCGCGUCGGGGGCCUGUUCCCUGCGCAGGACGAGACCGGGCCGGGCCCCGAGGAGGCUGGCGAGGUGGAGACCCAGCAGAAGCAGCUGCAGAAGAGGUUCGGGGGCUUCACCGGGGCCCGGAAGUCGGCCCGGAAGUUGGCCAACCAGAAGCGGUUCAGUGAGUUUAUGAGGCAGUACCUGGUCCUGAGCUUGCAGUCCAGCCAGCGCCGGCGCACCCUGCACCAGAAUGGUAAUGUGUAGCCGGAGGGGAGCCCUCCCAGCUGCACCGUCCACCGCCACCCAUGAGCGUCCGGGUGAUCCCCCAAACAGCAUGUGUCCAGCCCCAGACCUGCCGCCUGGGAAUCAGAAUUCCUUCCUCCCCGAGGCCCUGAGCGCCCACAGGCCCAGCAGGCUUUGCCUCCGGAACCUCCCCGUCCCCACGGCAUGUUUCACCACGACCCUGUUGCUACAUCAGAGUGUAUUUUUGUAAUUCCUCCAGCUAACAUUUCAACGACCCCAUCUCUCCUGCUCACCCGCCUCUCCCCUCUGCCAGGGGCGGGUGGAAGGAAGAUGAAAUCAAGCCUGGGGUUUUGACGCGUCACUGCCAUCCCUUGUUUGUAAAAGAGCUGUUCUUUUUGACCGAUUGUUUUGAACAACUAUUUCUCCAUUAAACUUCUACUGAGCAAAUGGUUAA